GUCCACGAAGCCGACGCAUGUCUGGUCCUUGCUAACAAGUACUGUCAGGACCCCGACGCUGAAGACGCAGCUAAUAUUAUGCGAGUCAUUUCCAUCAAGAACUACAGUGACGAUAUUAGAGUAAUAAUACAAUUAAUGCAAUAUCAUAAUAAGGCUUAUUUACUUAACAUUCCAUCUUGGGACUGGAAGCAAGGAGACGAUGUGAUAUGUUUGGCAGAACUGAAAUUAGGCUUCAUUGCACAGUCCUGCUUGGCACCCGGCUUUUCCACAAUGAUGGCAAACUUGUUUGCCAUGCGAUCCUUCAAAACGUCUCCAGAUAUGCAGGUCUGUACCAAUGACUAUUUACGAGGGACAGGCAUGGAAAUGUAUACAGAAACUCUCAGCCCCUCCUUUAUAGGCAUGCCUUUCGCAAAGGCGACAGAGCUCUGCUUCACGAAGUUGAAACUACUUCUUCUAGCAAUUGAAGUUAAAGGUACGGAAGGCGUGGAUACUAAGAUAUCGAUAAAUCCAAGAGGAGCUAAAAUUGUAGCUAACACCCAAGGAUUUUUCAUAGCUCAAUCUGCAGAUGAAGUGAAACGAGCUUGGUUUUACUGCAAGGCCUGCCAUGAAGAUAUCAAGGACGAAACACUGAUCAAGAAAUGUAAAUGCAAAAAUUAUGUCGGAAUGAUUAUGAUGCAAACUGGCAUGGUCAAACAAAACCUAAACACCUAUCAAAGACACUUGGAUGAUGACCAUCAUCCUCCUCCCACUUUCACUCCACCAGAGUUGCCCAAGAAAAUUCAUAUCCGAGGUGAUAUGAAUCGACAUGAUGAUAUGCAUUUGGCAAACAGAAACCAACCUCAUAGAAAUAGCACCAUUCCGACAGCAAAUAUGGUAAAUUCAACGAAGCAAGUGAAUAAAGUCAAGCCUAAUAUUACUAGGAAUGCUACUGAUAACGUGGUAUCUCCUGGUUUCAAUUCAAGAGAGCCGGAGCAAGAGGCGACAUCUUACGCCGGCUAUCAUCUAGCCUAUGAAGUGAAAAAACUCAUGCCAACGAGUAGAGGCAGUGGCGGUACGAAUCAAAACAACAACGGGGUCGCACUGCCUGUAGGUUUAGCAGACGACCAAGCUAAAGAUUUUGAUUUUGAAAAAACUGAAAUGAAGUAUGACAGCACAGGGAUGUUUCACUGGGGACCAGCAAGGAAUUUAGAAGAGUGUUUACUGGAUAGGAAUCAGGCCGCCAUGACGGUUCUAAACGGCCACGUAGUUGUGUGCCUUUUCGCAGAUCCUGAUUCGCCUCUCAUUGGAUUGCGAAACCUGGUGAUGCCGCUCCGUGCUAGCAACUUCCACUAUCAUGAACUGAAGCAUGUAGUGAUUGUGGGAUCCGUAGAUUAUAUUAGGAGGGAGUGGAAAAUGUUGCAGAAUCUGCCAAAAAUAUCUGUGCUCAAUGGUUCUCCACUGAGCAGAGCAGAUCUUCGAGCUGUGAACGUCAACCUUUGUGAUAUGUGCUGUAUUCUGUCAGCAAAAGUACCGAGCAAUGACGACCCCACAUUGGCGGACAAAGAGGCCAUCUUGGCAUCUCUCAACAUAAAAGCGAUGACAUUCGAUGAUACGAUAGGCGUCCUUAGUCAAGCCAACGGGGCCAAAGAGGCCGGCACGCCUGUUGGAAGCCCUAUAAUCCUUCAGCGAAGGGGGUCCGUGUAUGGGGCCAACGUACCGAUGAUUACAGAAUUAGUGAAUGACAGUAACGUUCAGUUUUUGGACCAAGACGACGAUGAUGAUCCAGACACGGAACUUUAUUUGACUCAACCUUUUGCCUGUGGAACAGCUUUCGCCGUUAGUGUAUUGGAUUCGCUAAUGUCCACUACCUACUUCAAUCAGAAUGCCUUAACAUUGAUUCGGUCUUUGAUUACCGGAGGUGCUACCCCAGAAUUAGAACUGAUCCUUGCAGAAGGAGCUGGACUACGGGGAGGCUACAGUACGGCAGACAGUUUAUCCAACAGGGACAGGUGUCGAGUAGGUCAAAUUUCCUUGUACGACGGGCCUUUGGCGCAAUUUGGAGAAACAGGAAAGUAUGGUGAUCUGUUCGUUGCUGCUCUCAAACAGUUUGGUAUGCUGUGCAUUGGACUUUAUAGAUUUAGGGACACUAGUUCGUCGUGCGAUGCCAGCAGCAAGAGAUACGUCAUAACAAAUCCGCCGGAUGACUUUCAGCUGCUGCCUACAGACCAGGUAUUCGUUCUGAUGCAGUUUGAUCCUGGUCUAGAGUACAAGCAAGUGAGGGGAAAAACAGCAACGGGCCAAGGCAGUGGCACAGGAGGUGGAGGAACCAACAAGGACGAGAACUCUUGACUAUUGUUAUGUAGCGCUCUCACAGAUGGACCUUACUCUUAUAUAUAAAAAUUAUAUAAGGAACAGAGUCCAGAGAAGUUAUACCCACCAUUCCAUACCCUUGUUCCAAUUUUUUGAUAUGUUUAGUUAUAUUGUGCGAUUGAUUGUAUGAAUACAGAAGUUGUUUUUUUGUACAUAUUGCGUGUCUAUAUUGACUUUGUUGGUUUUUUCAAAGAGAAUUGAUUUAUCUCGAGUUAUAUUGUUAUGUAGUUGUAGAGUGGUUGAAUCGAGUCGGCAGUAUUCGCGGUCAAUGUGGAUAAACUGAGUCGCGGUAAAAAUUAAAAAAUAAUUAGUUACUUUCAUGAUUUAGUGUUUCUGUUAUGGAAACUAUGAAAAAAAUUCAUUUCGCUUUGAUAGCUUUCCAUAAUGCGACAAAACGAUAAACAAGUUUGAAGCUAGACAGUUUUUACAGCGAUUAAAAGCACCAGAACUUUUUAGCCAAGACUCAUGAUGGUGUUGUUUCAUAAAUUAUACUUUCAAAUCAUUUCUACAGAUUUAUUUCCUUCCUUCAACAUCAAUUAUUAUUUUUAUUAAAAUCGUAUAUAAUUUUUACAACUUUUUACUUACUUCUUCUUCUUCUUCUUACAACUAACUUCAUUCUACUUAGGGAAUUUUUAGCGUACUCCGCUAGAGCUGUCAAUAUUGACAUAUUGAUUGAUUUUACCCGUUGACCUAUGAUCCUAGAAUUUUGUCAAACUAUUACAUAUUCUGGCUUAAGAAAAUUUCAAAAAUUAUGGAUUUGCACACAUUGUAAACGAAUAAAUUUGGCGCACUCGGGACAAUAACCUUGGAAUACACUUAUCUAGUAUUUCUAAUGCAUCACUUUUUGAGCUCCCAAUCUUUCGUUGAACAAGCAAAUACUGCUGGAACUAUUCAUAGAGUAAGGGCUUAUAUUCUCUGUGUUAUGAAUUAAAUUGUGGGUGUUUACUAGAAAAUCUGUGAAAGCGCUACAUUUCUCUGAUUGAAUUGAAAAACUUCCUAGUGCUUUAUCUUCAUGGCGAGAAUUUACACUAAAAAACGAUGAUAUUUUGAACAUCGAUGAAAAAGACACUUACAAUACACAUUUUGUAAUAUAAUCCUUAUGUAAAAAUCAAUUUUUUAAUGGGCAAUUGUUGAAAAAAGAUGUGCUUUUUUGUAAAUAAGUAAAAAAGAGCUUUUUAUAUAUGAACUAGAUGCUGUAGAAAUAUAUCAGAGGUGGGUAUUUGGGGAACUUAAUGUCAUUUCAAUGUUUGUUUAUUUUACUUAUUGGAAUCAUUUUUCAUUAUAAGAAUGCCUGAUCAAGUGAAUAAUUACUCUCAUUCUGGAUAAUAUGAUUACGAACUUGAAACAGUGAAUAGCUCGUCACAAUAACUUUAGACACAGUCACAGAAGUCACAUAAAUAAAUCCACAGAAGCGAAAUAUUGCAAUUAUUAAAUAAAAAUAGAAGUAAUAAAAAAAUAAUCCUCAAUGAAAUACCUGGAUUCUUCAAGAGAAAUGAACAACAAGUAUGGAUUUAGUAGUAUAAGGUCAAUUGAAUCAGUUCACCAUCCUCAGUACAAAAUAAAACAAUGUCGUUUACGUUCCGAACAGAAGGGAAACAACCUGGAUGGUAUCCACUGUUCAUUGAUCUGUCCAACUUUUAAAAACCAUUAUUGGAAGUGAUCUAUGUGGUAAAUAAAGUUGAUCUACAUAUUGAAUCAGCUGCAGGGGAUUAUAAUUGAGAAAAUUGGUUCAGAAAUAUUCAAAUUCUGGUAAUUGAUAUAUAAGAUAUGAAUGAAGAAAAAAACAGUACAUGAGCCUAUAAAAUGACAUUGAACAAUUCUCCCAACACAGAACAUAGGACAUAGAAACUUAACCCCUCAAAAUGCAUGUGCCGCCAAAAGAGUGCCUUUUCUGUAAGGGGGCAAGUUCUUUGAUUCGACAGGAAAUGUCCGACAAAUUGCUCCAACCAAUAGAAAUGAACUUACGUUUUGAAUUUAAGAGCUCGCAGUGUUUUGUGUCUAUGCUGCUGAGUAACCAGGGUUUAUCGUGUGAAACCCUGGCAUAAUCCUUGAAUAUAUAUGGAUUUAUAGACAAUUUUCUGAAAAAUACCUAUCAUCUUUUAUAGAAAGUAUAAGAAGGGAGUAGUCAAAAAUAACUACUGUGUGGAUAGACCCACGAAAAUUUUGUAGAUAACAACCUUGAUUGGGCAUUUGUUGUUCUUGAAAUGAAAUUGUACAUAUUUGUUAAAUUCAAAUGGAGGUCAAGGCAUUUUUGGAAACUGAUGCAACCUUCCAUCACAACUUCUGAAGGUUCAAUUUGCAUUUGUUUCAAUCUUUCAGUGGACAUCAAAGUAUCCAAUCAAUGAAGAACUACUAUUAUUGAGUCAAACCUAGAAGAGGGUUUCAACAGUUUCCACAGAUCUGAGGCUUCAAAACAAUUCAAUUCCAAAUUGUGAUAUGUAUAUAUUUAGUUAUAGUUCCUAAAAAUUUCCAUCACUCGAAAAGUUAAAUAUAAAAUGAAGAGUUUCCAACUGUUAUGUGUCUAAUAUAAUCAGUACAGCACCGUUAUUUGAAUCGAAACCAUCUUUGGAAUUUCGGAAAGUAAAUAUAGUCGAAAUAGUUUAUCCAAAUGUCGCUAGAAUAACUAUAAGCAAACACAAACCACUGGAAUAUUUUGAGUUUCGUUAUGUUGCCGUUCCUCCAGCUCUCUAUAAAUGAUAUGUGCUUUAAGUAAUGCUGGAUUUUUUUAAAUCAACUGUUCUAUGUCCAAAGGAGGCAACCACGGAAAUUUUUACCGCGAGAGGGUGCUGAGGGACGUUAGUCAUUUCUCGUGCACCGGUGUUGGGAUAAAACCCCGGUAAUAUUGGCAAGGAUAUGUUUAUCAUUUAAAAAUUUUGAUCGGAGCUACUCACAGAACAAAGACGCCCUAAGCAAUGGCUCGUUAUUGACAUCUUAUUCAUGCCAAAACCUCGCAAAACGAACUCAAAAUUCCUCAAACAAGCCAAAGUCAAACAUUCAUCUCUCAGGCAAUUAAAUACCUGUUUAAAUGUUAUCUUAACCUCUCGCCCUUCAGGUGGUCCUCCCUACGGUAAAAUUGACCAGCGUUGUUCAAAAAGUCAUUCAACGCUUCACCGCACGCAGGAACUUCAACACUAUUUUUGAAGCGGGUUUUACUAAGUUACUGUCACCAGGAAAACAGUUACCAUUCAAAUCUUGAACUGGAGGAACGGAUGACUGAAUUAAAUAUAAUAUUUUGCAGUAAUUUCAAACAACUUUGUUUAACUCAAGUUGAAAAUGCACCGGUAGCUUGAGAAUGUAAAACCCAUCUCUGGCCGAUGAAAAUUAUUAUUUUUAAUUAUGGAACACUACAAUCUCACGUGUGUCUUGUUCAUAUUUUUAGAAUAAGACUAAGCUUCAUUCGUUUCAAACUCAAUUCGUUGACUGAAGGCAGUUCAUUUGAAAAUCUGCCUGGUGUAGAUUUAAUUCGGCCAAGAGACCAAUCAGUCAUGCAUCUGGUCAGGAAUAAGUUGAUCAUUUGUCGUUCGAAUGAAUGAUCUUUUUUAAAUAAUCGGUUAAAAAUAAACAUUUGCUUUUAGGACCUUUUCAUUUUCAUGGUUUUAAACAAUAUUCUUCUUGUUGAUAAUGAUGAUACAGAAAGCAUCAUGUCUUCAGAGUGAUAAUUCUUUUAUUUUUGGCACAGUUGUGAUAACUUUUUCCUGACUAGAUGACAUGUCAGCUGAUCUCUGAAUGUUCGAUAUGUUAGUUCGGUGUAAAUAGAUUAUAUGUUUAUACUGGGAUGUAUUUAGAUUUUCUCGAAAAAUUAAUCAUUCCGGAUAAGUUAAAAUCUCACAUCACACACUAUUUUCCCAUUGAAGAGUGAUAAAUAAACAAUUCAUUGAUU